AGUUUGUUAAUGCGCAUUGAAGAAUUUGUGAAAGUCUCAAAAGAUUGGGAAAAAAUCAUUCUGCAAAAAUAUGUAGACCGUUACAUAACCUUCGUAUCUAUUGUUGUAAUAUCCUUUGUAAUGGCUGGAAUUACCGUCAUUAUUGCUCCUUUAUUUCUGCCACUCGAAUUUCCUGUAGAAGUAUGGUAUCCAUUUUCGACGCAAACGCUAUUACGAAAGUAUAUUAUUUACGUGAUGGAAAUGUUUGUCAUUGCUCAUACCGUACUCUGUCUUGGUGUGGAUAUCAUGAUCGCCGUUCUUCUAUUCUAUCCGACAGCAAGAAUAGAAAUGUUGGCUCUUGAGAUACAAGGAGCUACUGAUGAAUCUGAUGUAGUAUCAUGUGUCAAGAAACAUCAGGAAAUUAUAGGAUCCGGCGUGUUCUGCAAGGAACAGUGA